GUUUGUGUUUUUACCCAACUACUCACUCACCGCUAUCCCUGAGAUGGUGGACUAUGAUCAUCCACUGGUGAACACUAAAACCAAAACCCAUUUUAAUUCUUUACCAAAAAUCUACCAAAAAAUGUGGGUGUUGGGCAGAAAAGGGUCAUCAGGAUUCUCAGGAAGCUCAACAGCUGAACAAGUUACUGAAGGCAUUAAUGGCGAUGGUCUUACAGCCAUUGUCACAGGAGCAACAAGUGGUAUUGGAGCUGAAACUGCUCGAGUACUUGCACUGCGUGGUGUCCAUGUUAUUAUGGGGGUAAGAAAUACGACAUUGUCCAGGGACAUGAAACAAACAAUAGCAAAAGAUAUCCCGUCUGCAAAAAUCGAUGUAAUGGAAUUGGACCUCAGCUCUAUGGCUUCUGUCAGGAAAUUUGCUUUAGAAUUUAAUUCAUCAGGCUGUCCACUAAAUCUUCUCAUUAAUAACGCGGGCAUAAUGGCUACCCCUUUCAUGCUUUCCAAAGACAAUAUUGAGCUACAAUUUGCAACCAACCAUUUAGGCCACUUUCUUUUGACAAAUUUAUUGCUCGAGAGAAUGAAGAGGACUGCACUAGAGAGUAAAACAGAAGGAAGGAUCGUAAAUGUAUCAUCAAGGCGCCACAAGCUAUCUUAUCCUGAAGGAAUUCGAUUUGCCAAAAUAAAUGAUCCUUCAGGGUACAAUAGCCUAUCAGCCUAUGGUCAGUCAAAGCUUGCAAAUGUUUUGCACGCUAAUGAACUUGCAAGACAAUUAAAGGAAGAGGGAGUAAAGGUAACGGCCAAUUCAGUUCACCCAGGAGUAGUUGACACUGAUAUUUUUCGCCAUCACAGCCUUUUUAGAGGUUUAGUUAAUCUUGUGGGGCAAUGGGUUGUCAAAAAUGUCCAACAGGGUGCAGCAACGACGUGCUAUGUAGCAUUGCACCCGAAUGUGAGAGGGGUGAGUGGCAAAUAUUUUGCCGACUGCAAUAUAACUGAAGCAAGCGCACAGAGUAAUGAUGCGGAUUUGGCCAGGAAGUUGUGGGAUCUCAGCUCUAGUCUAGUCAAAUGAAGUACUGUGUCUUCGUAUAGCACAAUGCAGCUAGGUUGGAACGCGAUUUUUAACAGGAGAGGUCGGCAGGGGGACACUCGGGAGAGUGUUUGUUUCAUCAAAUAUCACUGAUAUGAAAAGUAGAUUACAGUCUGAAUGAGUAGAUUUCUGUACUAAAAUAAUGUAUGUACAGAAACAGAGCAACAAUAUUAAUACAUAAUCAUAAUAUUAUAGACAA